GCUGAUUUGGCUUUCCUCCUCUCUCCUCCCUCCACUUCACGUUUUCAACUUCCAGUAAGAAGUUCGAACAAGCAAGACUUCGCCAUGGUUCGCUCCCUGCUCUUCGGUCUCGCUGCUGCGACACUCGCCUCAGCGCACUUCGAACUCAACUGGCCACCCACGGCCGGCUUCAAUGACGACGAACAGCCCAACGCGCCUUGUGGCGGCGCGACCGUGACUGUCGACGACAGCGCACCAGAGAUCAACGUCGAUCGGUUUGCCGCCUCCAUCUUCAGCUCCCACCCAGCUGGGUCGUGGUCAUUCUUCGCAACCACCAGCACCCAAGAGCCAUACAACUUCACCGAGAUUGUGCCUGUCAUCAACAGCACAGGCGUCGGGACUUUCUGCCUGAACUACCUAAGAGCGCCAGCAGAUUUCGCUGGCCAGAGCGGAGUGCUGCAAGUGAUUGACAGCUCGGUCGAUGGUACCCUGUACCAGUGCGCACCCGUCAAAUUUGUGUCUGGAGCCAACAACACCGUAUCUGAAUUCUGCACGAACCAGACCUCUGGCUUCACUGCAGAGUGGACUGGCGAGUCGAGUUCAGUCGAACAAGGAUCCAGCUCGUCCAACACCUCCCAAGGCGAAUCGAGCCCAUCAUCAUCGACCUCGGCUGCUGGAGCUGCUGCUGCCACUGCAGUCGGCAGCGUACUCGGACUUGGACUUCUUGCCGCCGGUUUGGCCUUUUAAAGGUGCGGACAGAUGACUUGAGGCAACGGCAUUCGGCCAAACCGGGGGAGUGCAGGUAGCAGUUAGCGACCCGAAAUGCAAUUUCCUACGCCUCUCGGAUUUCCGUGGUGAUGCAGAAGGCUCGCCCUCGCGUGACUCCUAUCUGUAUCUUCUCCCAUGUGCUGCAACGACGUUAUGAGAAGAAAUGCU